CAUGUAUAUUAGUGUUGUGAAAGAUUGUUCUGAUGUUUUCUUCAAGAAUCAGACCUUUAUGGGCUUCUCUGCAUUUCUGUCCUGAUUUCAUGAAUCUUUUGAACGAAUCCUUUUGGUUCACAGUUGUAAGUAAAGAAAGACUUUAGUCAUUUUAUCACACUGUAAACUCAACUAUUGAUAAGUUCACUUCAGUCUCUGUUGUAAUUGUUAUGAAUGACCACAUGGUGCCAGUGUGACACAGCGAGGAAACAUCUGAUUCAUUCUCACUGCGUUGAACAAGAGAACAAACUUUCAUCAAUAUAACCAUCAUGUCUGUAAAAAUCACAUUAUUUCAUAAAUAAUGCUGAUGUUUGAUUGAUUGAUUGAUUGAUUGAUUGAGGUUUCAGUGAGCUGGAGGUGAAUCUUCAUCAUGACGUUUAAGGUAUCGAUUCUUUCCUAAACAGCAGAAAAAAGUUAAGCGAAUCAUUGUAAGGAAUCGACUCAUUUAAAGAAUUGCUGGAGCGCGCGCGACAGGUGCUCUCAGGUGGGCGCGCUCUCAGGCGCAUUAUUAUCAGACUCUGUUGUAUUUUUCUACUUUUUAACGAGCGGCUUUAUUUCAAGUUGAGGAGGUAAGACACGAACACAUGAAUGAUUUAAAGCUUUUUAUUAACAAUGAAUCAUCAGAAUUUGAUUUAUGGAACAGAUGAAGCCUUUCUUCGCUUUAGAUGAAGAAAGGCUUCGAGAUGAAGUCAUUCUCUUUCCGUAUUACCAGCAUUCAUCCCGCACUAUUUUCUCUCUCUUUAUUUUCAGGUCUGGUAGAUGUGUGAUCGCCCUGAAUAAUCGUAACAUGAGGACCGUCACCAACAUCUUCAUCCUCAAUCUGGCCAUCAGUGACCUGCUUGUUGGGAUCUUCUGCAUUCCCACAACACUUGUGGACAACUUCAUUACAGGACAAAAUCUUAUUAAAGGGGACAUGAUGAAAAUCUGUCUUCAUUGUGACAUCUUGUGGUUUGUAUAUUUCAGGUUGGCCCUUCAGUGUAAACUCAGUGGUCUGAUUCAGAGGACGUCUGUCUGCGCUUCAGUCUUCACAUUAGUGGCCAUUGCUGUGGACAGGCAUGCAUGGAAAGAAGAUACAGGAUGUGUGAGGAACCCUGUGGCCCUCACCAGCCACACUAUGAAAGGCCCAGAGACCAAGUGGCAACAUCUCCAAACUUGUCAGCACAAGCAGGUCGACAACGUAGUCCUGCCCUCUGCGCUCGAUCACAAGAUCAACAAGGACGAGACUGUUUUUCCUCCGGCACCACAUCGACCUGUCAGACCGAAGGAGAAAAAUCGAACAGCGAGAACGCACAGGACCUGCGCAGGUGUCUGA